GCCAGAGUUCCUUUCCGGUUUCAUGUUCGUGGUUUCGAUCUGACUUAACUCUGCUUGAAGAAGGUGUCCAUGAUGACAACUUUAAAAUACCAGGAGUAGCCAGUGGCUAGUAUUUCCUAGCUACUCUCACUUCGGGGAAAAUGUGCGCCGCUUGCCAACGCGUCGAGUGUCGACCCCGGUUUCAACUAGCUUAGCGUGCUAACGCCAGCUAGUUAGCCAGCUAGCAUGAACUGGAGCUGUCGCAGCUUUUGUUUACAUCCAGUCCUGAUGAUGAUGGGCCUGGAGAGGUGUGUUAGCUAAUCCAGCUACCAGAGCUGUUUCAGGGGGCAAAGUGACAUCCUACAGCCCGGCGACGUCCGUCACAACCGCUGCCAGACGAGGGAGUUCAAAACAAACUUCACAGUUGUGCUAAUACUGUAUGUGUGGCAGGGAUGGAAGUAUCCUCCCAGGACCCGUCUCUCAUGGCCAUGGACCUGUCUAAGAGCUACAAGCCGCUGACCUGUAACCACACUGAAGCCAUGGACCUGGUGAAGAAGCCGGAGUGGUACCACCGGCGUCCGUCAAGCUGCAGCACAGACAUCACCCCGUCAUACAGGACUAGAGCCUCGUCUUCCUACAACUCUCUUGCCACACAAACGGGAGCGCCUGUCCUUUGUAGAGACAUGGAGCAAGACCCUGAGGUUUUGGGUACCUACAUGAAUUCAACACGAGCUCCAGCCCUGGAUCUGUACCAUGACAGAGUGCAUGGCAACCUGUGGCAUUCAGGUUUCUAUGGGCCUGAUCAGAGCUGUGGCCCUGAUCCUGAAAGCAGCUGUGGAGAGGAGAGUGACAGUGGCUCCGAUGUCAUUUUCCUUGUUUCAUCGGCGAAGGAGCCGCUCUUAUGCAGUCCAUUCAUUCAAGAGAGUGUGAGGCACAUCGUGGAGCCUCUGUCUCCAAAUGAAUCGUCACUGGAUGAAAGCAGAGGUUGUUAUCACCUACCUCAGCCUAUGAGCUCACCCAGUCCAGACUGCUCAUACUCAGAGGACUCCUCAGACAGCUCAGUGGACAUUCCUAUACAUCACACCAGGCCUGUAGUUCUUCUGUCGGAACUCAGUGCUGUGUACAACAACCGGGCUGAAUCACCCGUAGAUAUUUCCAGUGAUGAAAGCGACGUUAUUGAAGUUUCAGCAAGCGAUGAUAAAAAGAAAAGCAGCAGCUUCAAUUGUAAGAAAAAUGUUCCCUGCAAGAAGCUGAGAGAAACUACUCCUCAGAGUCAGAGACAGGGUGAAAAAGCUGGACCCAGAGAAGUACGACGUAGCAGCAGGAUUAGAAAAUCCAUCUCUGAAAUGCCUCCGUUUACCUGCAGCGUGUCUCGAAACAGUCUGAGGAGACAAGUCAAGAACGAUGCUGUGGGUAUCUAUAAUGAAAGCUGUGAUUCUGACAAUGUGAUGGAGUAUGCGGUGCGGCUGUCGAGCUCAGAGGCGGACGAGUCGGCUUCCCAGCCCAAUGCAUCUGGAAGAGUGUGCACCAACUCAGAGGAGUCCGAUGCAGACACUCAGACAAAGACUGGGUCACCAAGGAGGCACCAGCAGAGGAAAAACAUGAAUCAGAAAAGAAAGGGUCCACUUUCUGAUGGCGAGGCUAAAACGUUGAGGAGAACCGUAAAAAGACAGAAAAAAAGUGUGAAACUUCCAAAGCCAUCGUCCUGUCAGAAAGCAUUGGCGAACAAAAGCAAAGUGAACAGACGAAAGAGGAAACGGAGACCUCAGCCUGGACCUUCUGCUCGGUUUCCUGUCACAGAGCCUGAAAUCAAGCUUCGAUAUGCAAACAUCAAAGGGGAGCGGAGGGACAAGAAGGUGGACGGCUUUUGCCCCUUCGUUCACAUGGAGCAGAGGACGUGCACUGUCGUCAACUUCCAGGAGGAGGCGACGCUGUGGAGCAGCAGAGGCCGACGGCAGCUCACUUCUCCGCCCGGCUUCCUUCCCAGCACGUCCUGCUUCCAGCUGGGUCGGCUCGGUUCGGAGAGCAGGUGCCACGCCACGCUGCUGUGCUGCCUGUGCGGCCAGACGGCCAACGCCACGGGCCUCGGGGACCUCCACGGGCCGUACUACCCCGCCAUCUCGCCCGGGAACCGCCGGAGCAGCAGGGCCGAGCAGAAAGACGGAGGAAGCGCCCGCGGGCUCGCUGACGGAGGAUGUGACGGCCCAGACGGUUCUGACAACGGUUACCUCCAGAGCAACAGCCACUCCCUCCCAAAGGUGCCUCUUUGUUUGCAUGAGUGCUGGAUCCACGAGGACUGCGGCAUCUGGUCCGCUGGCAUCUUCCUGGUCAGAGGGAAGCUGUACGGCCUAGAAGAAGCCGCCCGGCUGGCACAAGAGACGGUGUGUUCGAGCUGCCAACAGACAGGUGCAAUAAUGGGUUGUUUCCAGAAGGGCUGCUCCAGAAAUUAUCACUACAGAUGUGCCAUUUCUUCAGGAUGCAUCCUAAGUGAAGAGAACUUCUCAAUGAGAUGUCCAGAGCACAAGAACAGACCAUUCACAAGUGUAAGCAAGCUACACCAGAGAUGACGUGAGAGACGCGCAGGGACGCUGGGGAACGAUCCUCAGAUCUCCUCAGGGUUCGCCAUCCGCUGCCAAACGACUUCACCUCUGCAGUUUUCCAACACUAAUUAUUGUGUGUGCCCGAGCAGAAGGCACACCUUCUGGUGAGGCUCACCGUGAUGGACAGGUCCAACCUGGGGCCUCGUUAAGGUUUUUAUAAGACGCGUAUUGUGUUUAGUUCCAUUUCUGCCCUUUUGUUGGUCUUUAAUACAGACACUUGUAACAAAUGGACUGAGCCAAGUGUGUGUGUGUGUGUGUGUGUGUGUGUGUGUGUGUGUGUGUGUGUGUGUGUGUGUGUGUGUGUGUGUGUGUGUGUGUGUGUGUGUGUGUGUGUGUGUGUGUGUGUGUGUAGGCGAGUGAGUGAGCGAGUGUAUUUAUUCUUCUAGAACAGCCACAUCACAAAUACAGUUUAUUAUUUAAACAUAAUUAUAUUAAACUAUUAAAGAAGCUUUGGUAAUAUGUUCUAUAGAGUGUAAUAUCUUUCUAUACUGUAAGGCCACUGUUUUCUUUAUACAGGUUUUAUACUACUUUUCUAUGACUGCUAGUGCUUCAGUCUUCAUGUAACUGUUACAUAAUUUAUUUUCAUCAAGCUGCAUGCACAACCCAGGUUUUCUAUAAUUAAUUUGCAGCCGUUAUUUAUUUCUAUUUAUGGACUUGGUUUUUGCCUUUCUACUAAAAUCAUUUAAUGGAAUACAAAGCUGCACUAAGCACUAUUUUAUAUAAAACUGUUGAACUUCUGUGUAAAUCACAAAGUAAGACUAAAACUGGGACCACUAAGUGUAAAUCCAUGGGUUUAGAGGAGUCUUUGCACACGGGAUGUCGAAAGUUGAAAUGCAGAGUUCGACCGAGCACUUGAUGCAAACAUCAGCUUGUUCAUGUCUGUCUCGUCAGAGGGAGGAGAAAUUAACAGGGCUCUUCAAGCAAAUCACAAAAUCCCCUAAAUAAGAAUUGUCUAAAUCAGUUGAGUGUUUUGAUGAUUGGUUAUUAUUGAUGAUUGUGUUAUUAAAGUAGAUUUUCCACAAGCAUAUUGAAGGAAUAUUUUCAAUUCCAAAUGACACAGUUUUUAACGCCAUGUUUGCGUUCUCAGUUUCUUCCAAGGUGUUGAUCUGUUUGUGAAUUGCACAUAUCAUAUGAUGUACAAAAUCAUCUGUUCAAUCAGAUUCCAGUUUUGACUUUCUAAGAAGCUUUGAUUUUUGGCGCAGCCCUGUGGCCGUGGACCGUUUUCAAGAAAAUCAAACUAGAAUAAGCUGAAAAAUGUGUUUUGUGAUUUGAGUGAAUUGGCCCUUUAAUGUUUGCUGUCACUGCAUGUUGCCUAGUGCAGCGUCCGUCUCUUUGAUCUCCUGAGUUUGAGUUCAUAUGAAGUGUUUCUGGAAUGAGGCGGCUGGUGAUGAACUGGCAAUAAUUGUUUUAACCAAGUUGUGUUCACACUUUCUGUGUUUUAUUGAGUAAAAAUCAAUAAACCUGCACCAUCGUCUCUGA